AUGAGAGUCAUGUUUGUACAGCUUCUCCCCAGGCACUCAGUGCACAAGGCGUGGAGCAAACCGGACUGGGGCGGGAAGCACAGCGUUUGUGAUUUGUCACAGGAGGAGUCCGGGGCUGCAGAAGCAGCUGAGAAUCCAGGGAAAGAACCUUGGAAAAGAGGGAGCCACAGAGAGGAAGCCCCCAAAUCUGUAUUUAAACUCACUUUAAAUUCUUGGCUGACCUCUGAACCGUGCUUGAGUAGACAAGACUCCAAAAAACAUCAGUCGACGUUGGGCUGGCCAAGCCCAGCCGCUCCAGCGCCCGCAGCCGCCCUGCAGUUUGUGUUGCUGUUUAGUCGUCAGGGAAAGCUUCGACUGCAGAAAUGGUAUGCCCCGCUAGCAGACCAAGAAAAGAAAAAGAUUACAAGAGAACUUGUUCAAACCGUUUUAGCAAGGAAACCGAAAAUGUGCAGCUUCCUGGAGUGGCGCAAUCUGAAGAUUGUUUACAAAAGAUAUGCUAGUCUGUAUUUUUGCUGUGCUUUCGAGAAUUAGGACAAUGAAUUCAUUACCCUGGAAAUAAUUCAUCGUUAUGUGGAAUUACUUGACAAGUAUUUUGGGAGUGUGUGUGAACUUGAUACCAUCUUUAAUUUUGAGAAGGCUUAUUUUAUUUUAGAUGAGUUUCUUUUGGGAGGAGAAGUUCAGGAAACAUCCAAGAAAAAUGUCCUUAAAGCAACUGAGCAGGCCGACCUACUGCAGGAGAAAACAGAGAAUAUGUUUCACAGCAAGAGUUUCAUUGGGUGUAAGAAAGCGUACCAGAAUACGUGCUGGAGUACUGACAUGCAUCAAAAUGUAGUAGGAUAUGUGAAUUCAGUUUGUAAUUAUUAUUUUGUCAGAAGCUACAGUGCUCCAGAUGCAAAACAGCAGGGCAGCACAGUGAAGUUUUGUUCCCCACUCUGUAGCCCUCCUGUUGAACAGGGUGCUCCAGCAAAGCAUGGGAGGGUUUUAUCAGCUGAAUGA